AUGGCUUGCGAGGCUCUUUCCCUGGCGCUCUCGGAGCAGACCAUCAGACAGCUCGAUCACCAUGAGAACAUCAAGAAAAUCCACUGCAUCCAAUUCGAUCAGCGAGACACAACCGCGAGACCGUCGACAUUACCCUUGGGGUCCCGUCACUCAAGCCUCGGAACGCUUGACUGCUUCCCCACAGAGCUCUUGCUUCUCUUCAUGGAGCAACUCGACUUCCGAUCACUCUCACGUCUGCUCCGCACCUCGAGGAAAGCCAAGGACACCGUCGAAGGCCUGCCGGCAUUUGCAGAGAUGAUGCAGCACGCGCCGGACGUCUUGGUCGGUCUCGCAAAGACCAAUCUCAUCCGUCAUCACCCGGCAUCGUCCCUGCGAUGUGUUCUGAGGUCGAAAAGAUGCGCCUCAUGCUUCCAGUUUGGCGAUUUUCUGUAUCUGCCUACCUGCGAGAGGGUCUGCGAGUCGUGCCUGAUGCUGAAUCGCUCGUUCCUGAUGACGACGGAAAGCCUGGCGCGGAGGUGCUUCUCUCUCACUGAUGAGCAAUUGAGCGAAAUUCCCGUCAUGCAUACUCUCCCGGGAGACUAUGGAUACUGGACGUCAAAAACCUGGUCAAAACCACUCCGGCUGGUCAGCGUGAAGCAUCUCAAGCAACUGGCGCUUCGGAUCCACGACUCCUCAGAGGAGAAGCUGGCUGAGCUGAUGCCGAUGCUCACGAUGGAUACCGACGAGGAUGACUUCAUCUGGGACGUGUAUCACCUCAGGCUGGGACCGCCCGGCUGCGACCUGAAUCUGCUUGGCAGGCUGCCACACAAGCUGCAGCAUUCGAUGCCGACGUUUUCCUACAGAGUCGAGGACGCUUUCGAGGGCAUGGCGGCUAUUCUGAUGCCCUUCGUCUCCGGCUCUGGCGCUGACCAUGGGCACUUUUGCAAAGGAUGCGUGGAGCUGAGCAACGCAUGUUUCAACACGAUGCCGCCGGUGCCGGAGCACCUGAUACCACCGGAGCUGCGAGGGAACCAGUACUUUCACAUUGUCCUGGAAGCCGCAGCCUCCAGGCCAUACGCGAAGACGGACUUUGCUGAGCACGUCAAGCACUGCUACGGCGUGCGUUGGCUCCUCAAAGAGUGGGAGCACGCGAGCGAGGGAGGGAAGUUGUCAUGA